ACUGGAGGCUGAGCUUCCCAGGGCAAAUGUUAUAAGAUCCGGCCCAGCGGCGUCUAUGGAGAUGAUGGAGGAGAGCUAAGAGAUCCCAGGGUUGGAUUUGGCCCAAGGUGUGGACAAGAGGCACCCGAGAGGACCUGAUCCUGGGUGCUAAGUUUGGCAAAAUGAUGUGUGUGUUUCUCUUUGGAACGUUCCCUUCCUCUGGAGGAAGAGAGAUGGUGGCCGCGGAGCCAGUUCAGGCACCGCCAUUCUCCUUUGAAGAGGUGGCUGUGUACUUCACCGAAGAGGAGUGGGGCCUCUUGAAUGCGGAGCAGAGAGAUCUGUACUGGGAUGUCAUGCAAGGGAACUACGAAAAUGUGGCGUCUUUAGCCAUUCCCAUCCCUAAACCUGAGCUGAUCGCCCGGUUGGAACGAGGGGAGGAACCGUGGGUCUCAAAUCUUCCGACAACGGAGAGCAAGAAGAUCCCUAUAAACCUUUCCGAAGGGAAUGAGCUCUCCUUGUUUUCCUCCUCUAUCCCAGCGAGUGAAGUGAUUGUGAGAGAGAUCAAAGAAGAGAUCCCCGAGACCGAUAUCUCAGGUCAAGUGGAACCUCACUGGACUUUGCUGGCGGCCCCCCCAGGCAGUGUCCCCUUGAACCACGAGAUGCGGCGCGGCCUGCAAAGGCAAUGGGACCCUCAGCUGGGGCACAUGUGGCGCGAACCGCCAAGGCACUUGAGAGCAGCCAAUUCGAAGCGCAGCAUGUUCCACGUGGGCCGGAAGAAGCUGAUGUGUCCCGAGUGCGACCGAUGGUUCCACUGCAAAUCCGAGUUUUUGUUGCACUGGCGGACUCACACGGGAGAGAAGCCCUACGAGUGCCUGGCGUGUGGGAAACGCUUCAUCCAGAGCUCCCACUUGAGCGCCCACCGGCGGAUUCAUACAGGGGAGAAGCCUUACGAAUGUCCCAAAUGUGGACGGAGCUUCAAUCGUCGCUCCACCCUUACCGAACACCUGAGAAUCCACACGGGGGAGAAACCGUACAAGUGCCUCCAGUGCGGAGAGAGCUUCCGGUGGAGACCCUAUUUGACCAAACACCAGAGAAUCCACUUGGUUGGAAACGCUACCUACAAAGGCCUCGAGAAUGGAGACACUAUGGUUGAGAGCUCAUCACCGGGUGAGCAGCAGAAAAUACUCACAGAUGGUGAUGCUGUAAAGAACGGGACCACAAAGACACAUUCUCAGCACGCAGCCUCUGAGUUGGCAUCACAGCAUGACAAGGUGAUGCUUAAUGCUGAGACGCAAGGUGCCAAGCAAGACUUGGAGGCUCACCCGCUUGAGAAACCGAUAAAGACGGAAGCGGCAUCUCUCCCUGAUGGAAACGACGUGACUGAUGUCAGCCAGCUUAAGAUUGUGCAAGUUGAAAAGAAGCACGUGUGCCACGAGUGCGGCAAAGCCUUCCAGUACAAGUUUGAACUGGUGAAGCAUCACCGGACCCACACGGGGGAGAAGCCGUUCGAGUGCCUGGCGUGUGGCAAGCGGUUCUUCCAGAGCACCCACCUCAAUGCGCAUCUCCGCAUCCAUACGGGGGAGAAGCCUUACGAGUGCCCCAAGUGUGGUCGGAGCUUCAACCGCCGUUCCACCCUUACUGAACACCUGAGAAUCCACACAGGAGAGAAGCCCUACAAGUGCCUGCAGUGCGGGGAGAGCUUCCGGUGGAGACCCUACCUGACCAAGCAUCAGAGGAUCCACUUGGGGGACAACGCCUACAAGUAUUUUGACAGUGGGGAAAGCCUCUACGACAGCUCGUCCUUUCCUGAACACCCAGAAGGAAACCAUCCAGGGGACAGCGGGACAAUUGAGCACUUAAAGGAAAACUCUCAACAGAGAGGCCUUGAAAUGGAGGAAUCAGGGGUGUUUCCAGCCGAUUCCAGUAGAGAAGAUUCCCCAAAGUCUAGAGCAAUCGCUGGUAAUGGACGUGAAUCCUUCAAAUACUCAAGAAAGGAAUGAUGGGUUACAAUACAGACACUCCAGCCUUCAGACUCCUUGUUUCACCUCUGAAUGUUGAAUUUGUUGGAAAAGGAGCCUACAUUGGGAAAAGGUCUACAGCCCGUGCACAGCCUUGUUCCGGCGGAAAGAAAACAGACUGCCAGAGAUGAAAUGCACUUUGGGAUAAUCUCUGUGAAAAGGCUUAAGAGUGCAUCUACAUUGUAGAAUUAAUGCAGUUUGACACCAUUUUAACCACCAUACCUUAGUGCUCAUGGGAGUCGUCGUUUUGUGAGUCAUGGGCUAAAGUAAAGAAAGCUAAAGAUCCUGCAAAACCACAACUCCCAGGAUUCUAUAAUAUUGAGCUACAGAAGUUAAAGUGGUGUUAAACUGCAUUAAUUCUACAGUGUGGAUGCACCAUUAGAGAAUUCUUAGGUUUUUCUUCUACCAGUAUUAACAGCCACUCUCUCCUCAAAUCUAUAUGAAUCACAUGGAUUGUGGAGGAAGUUCCUUAACUAAAAACAUUAACAUUUUAAUGUUUUAUCUUUAUUACAAAACAAAUGUGUUAAUUCAUGUGCAUGUGUUGUCGCCCAGAAAUAGGCUAAUAUUAUGAUCCUACUAUUUGGCAUACUAUAAGCGACCUGGUGGUGCAGCAGGUUAAACCGCUGAGCUGCUGAACUUGCUGACUGUAAGGUGGGUGGUUCGAACCGGGGAAGUGGGGUGAGCUUCUGCUGUUAGCUCCAGCUUCUGCCAACCUAGUAGUUCAAAAACAUGCAAAUGUGAGUAGAUCAAUAGGUACCACAUCUCCAGGAAGGUAACGGUGCUCCAUGCAGUCAUGCUGACCACAUGACCUUGGAGGUGUCUAUGGACAACGUCAGCUUUUCGGCUUAGACAUGGAGAAGAGCGCCAACCCCCAGAGUCGGACAUGACUAGACUUAAUGUCAAGGGAAAACCUUUACCAUACCUUAUUAAGCAAAAAGCUUCUCAAAAUGUCACUCAAGCUAAGGCUAUGUGCAGUCUACUGCUGAUCUGCAAAAUUCAAACAAAAAUAAUAUAGAGAUGCCAUUCACCUUGAAUUCUAGCCUAGGAACCUUGAAAAUGCCAAGUUCCAGAAUCUGAUAAAUCAGAGCGUUAAAACAUGGUUAUGUGCAGUCAAGAGAUAGCAGUUCAGCCGUUCAGUUAGUCACCUGCAAGUAAGCUUAAAUAUGUAGCUAAGCAGAAUCUGUUAUGCAAAAAUAUGCAAAUGCACUUAUUUGCCACAUCCAGACACAGUCCUCAGCUGUGUUGCUGACAUCCCUGCGAUUUUCCUGAUUCUUGGCAGGGGGUUGGACUGGAUGGCCCAUGAGGUCUCUCCCAACUCUAUGAUUCUAUUAAGGUAAACAACUUAAUUCAUCUGGAUUCAUAUCAACCCCCUGAGGCUGAGAUGCACUAUCCAAAUCAAGCCUGCCGUUGAGUUGGUUUGCAGUUAUCCCUCCAUGUUUGCGGGUUUGACUUUUGUGGAUUUUAUUACACUAUGUAACAAAAUGUGAAAAAUUUUCUGUUCCUGGCUUGGAAGUAUGAUUUCCUAUUUAAUUGUGUGGUAUUUACUUGUUAUGCUCCAGAAACUUCAUUUUUGUGGCUCCCACAAACUAUGUUGAAUUGGUUGAGACUCUAUGAUAUAUUGUGUUGUCAAAGACUUUCAGGGCUUCGACAACACAAUAUCAGGGCCAGCUAACACCUCCCAACAAAGGAUUCCCCCAGGCAGGAAGUAGCCAGGCUUUGAAGCUGCAAGGCCAUUAAAUGCUAAUCAAGGUGGCCAGUUGCAACAUUCAUACUUGUCUCCAACAAGCAAGAGUUCUUUCUCCCACCCUGGACAUGCCACAUAUCUAUAACCCCCCUUUUCAUUCUACCCUCGUAUAUCUGUGGAAUAUCCAGGGCGAGCUAAUCAACUCCCAACAAAGGAUUCCCCCAGGCAGGAAGUAGCCAGGCUUUGAAACUGCAAGGCCAUUAAAUGCUAAUCAAGGUGGCCAAUUGCAACAUUCAUACUUGUCUCCAACAGACAAGAGUUCUUUCUCCCACCCUGGACAUGCCACAGAUCUAUAAACCCCCUUUUCAUUUAAUCCUCAUAUAUUUGUGGAACAUCCAGGGCCAGCUAAUCAACUCCCAACAAAGGAUCCCCCCAGGCAGUAAGAAACCAGACCUUGAAACUGCUAGGGCAUUAAAUGCUAAUCAGGGUGGCCAGUUGCAACAUUCACACCUACCUCUGACAAGAGUUCUUUCUCCCACCCUGGACAUUAUUCCACAGAUAUACAAACCCCACUUGCCUAGUUUCCAAAAACCUCUGAGGAUGCCUGCCAUAGAGGUGGGCGAAACGUCAGGAGAGAAUGCUGCUGGAACUUGGCCAUACAGCCUGGAAAACACAAACCCAUCUAUGACAUAUUCAUUGAAAAACUAUAGCAAAAUGUGCUGCAGAAGGUCCCUCCUGCAAAAACAAAAGUUUUUAUAGUUUAACAAACUUUUUCAAAGUUUUUGUAAUAGAAUCAGUUAGGAAAUGACAUUUAUAACCCAGGAACAACAAUGUAUUACAUAGUGUUGUACACAGAUUUGAUUGAAAAUGUUCUCUCUAGGAAUCUCGAGGACUUCAGCGCAAUGCUCUGUUCAUGCUGGAAGAGUUAGAAAUUCCUAGAGACAGCAUAUUAUUUGAGAACACAGAAAUGCUGGACCACUCUAACAACCGUAAUGUCAGACUACACAGCGCAGCCAUUUAAAUCCAUAAGUAUGUGGACAAUUUCAACAGAAAGGAGGAAACCAUAAAAAUGAACAAAAUCUGAUUAUCAAUGUUUAAAAACUCUAAAAUCGGGACAGUAAAUAAAGAAUAACAGUGUGUUGUCGAAGGCUUCCAUGGUCAAAAUCACUGGGUAGCUGUGAGCUUUCCGGGCUGUAUGCCUAUUUUCCAGAAGCAUUCUCUCCUGAUGUUUCACCCACAUCUAUGGCAGGCAUCCUCAGAGGUAUUUGAGCUACACUCAAAAAACGGGAAUUCCAGACAAGAAUCCAAUCAGCGCUAGCUAACACCUCCCAACAAAGAUUGCAGAUUUCCCCAGGCAGCAACCAGCCAGGCUUUGACGAUGCAAGACCAUUCAAUGCUAAUCAUGGUGGCCAACUGCAAUAUUGACAUUUGCUUUGAGCAGACAAGAGCUCUUUCUCCCAUCCUGGAUAUUCCACAUAUAUAAACCCCACUUGCCUAGUUUCCAACAGACCUCACAACCUCUGAUGAUGCCUGCCAGAGAUGUGGGCAAAACAUCAGGAGAGAAUGCUUCUGGAACAUGGCCAGAUAGCCCGGAAAAGUCACAGGAACCCAGUGAAUCUGGCCAUGAAAGCCUUCGACAACACAAUUCCUUUGAAGAUAAAAAGUGGCAAUUUAUUUACGGCUUUUCACUUUCGUGGGGCUUCUGGGCUCCAAAACCUAGCAAAUAUGGAGGGUUAACUGUUUUUUUAGUUUGGUGACUAAAGAAGUGAUCCUUAUGUCUCACACAGUAAAAAUCAGGGCAUUAUUUUCUGUUUUUACAACAGAAAUGUUCACUUGUUGACAUUGCUUUUCUUGCCUUUGUGCAUAGCUUUCUGACCACUGAGGAAUGAUAGGUUGCAAAAAGUUGUUGUUCUCUGAUCUCCAGUGCGGGGAUCUAUUGGUAGAAAAAUAAUCUCCCAAAAAGGAAUUGUGGCAAAAAAUUGCCCCAUCGAAAGGGAACGGCUGGACACAAGCGGCCAGGACUUUACAAUAUUUCGCAAUAAUAGACAAAGUGUGAUAGGGUUUUUUUUUCUUUUUUGAAAAAAUAGAAGAAAGUUAACACUGAAUGAGGUAAACUCAGCAACUAUUAUUAUAACAAGGCACUAAUAUUUUCUUAUUUCGGUUUCUUUUUCGUUGUUCCUUGUGUACAUGCAGCAUGUUCCAAUUUUAGAAUUGGGUUAUAAAUACGUUUAUUUCUA